GUGGAAUGUUUCACAAAAUUCGAUCGUUUGGGUGCGGAAGCCUUGAGUGGAUGCGUGGCUUUGGGUGUUCCGUUACCGACUCAACUCAACAGUAUAAUGCUGCGUUUGGGCAACAGUCUACCAACUACGUCAACAAAACUUGACUUUAGUGAUUUUCCAUUCUGUCAGUAG